CAAACAGCAGUCAGUCUGUGUCUCAGUAGUCUCAGGUCUGUGCACCUGCCAACUUGUUAGCAGAUCUGUCUGUGGCCAUGGCAAAGCUGAUGGUGCUCACCGUCCUGGGGCUGGGACUGGCACUCUUCAGGGAUCAGCGGUCUUCUUACCAAAAACGAAUGAAUGCUUUUCUAGAGAUAAAACCUGUAGAACUUUCUAGCUGCAAUUUCAUUAAAGGAAUAGAAACUGGUUCUGAAGACUUGGAGAUACUUCGUAAUGGAUUGGCUUUCAUUAGCUCUGGAUUAAAAUACCCAGGAAUAAAGAGUUUUGAACCUGAUAAACCUGGGAAGCUACUCUUGAUGAAUCUGAAUAAAGAAGAUCCAACAGCGUUGGAAUUGAGGAUCAUUGGAAGUACAUUCGACUUGCCUUCAUUUAAUCCUCAUGGAGUUAGCACUUUCACAGAUGAAGAUAAUACUGUGUACUUGCUGGUGGUGAACCAUCCAAAUUAUAAAACCACGAUUGAGGUGUUUAAAUUUCAAGAAGACGAUAAAUCAUUGCUGCAUCUGAAAACCAUCAGACACAAACUUCUGCCUAAUGUCAAUGAUAUUGUUGCUGUGGGACCUGAACAUUUCUAUGCCACAAAUGAUCAUUACUUCGUUAACAACUACUUAAGAUCCUGGGAGUUAUAUUUGGGCAUAGCAUGGUCACAUGUUGUUUACUACAGUCCAGAUAAAGUUCAAGUGGUGGCAGAAGGAUUUGACUUUGCUAAUGGAAUCAACAUUUCACCUGAUGGCAGGUAUGUCUAUAUAGCUGAAUUACUGGCUCAUAAGAUUCACGUGUAUGAAAAACAUGCUAAUUGGACUUUAACGCCAUUGAAGUCACUGGAAUUUGACACACUCGUGGACAAUAUAUCUGUGGACCCUGUGACAGGGGACCUUUGGGUUGGUUGCCAUCCCAAUGGCAUGAAAAUCUUCUUCUAUGAUGAAGAAAAUCCUCCUGCAUCAGAGGUGCUCCAAAUCCAGGACAUUUUGACAGAAAAUCCAAAAAUCAAGGUGGUUUAUGCAGAUAAUGGUACAACACUGCAAGGAAGUACGGUUGCCUCAGUGUACAAAGGAAAACUGCUGAUUGGUACUGUGUUCCACAAAGCAUUGUACUGCAAGUUGUAACUAACCCAAUGUGUGCCUGUGCUAUGGGAACUGGGAGUCCGUCAUUUCAACCACUUGCCACAUCUAAGGGCCCAAGGCAAUCUCAACAAUGAAAAUUGACAAGAAAUUUUGAUAUCCUGGAGAUAAAAUUGCUACUUAGCUGGAAACAGAGCUUCUUCUUCUUUUUCUCCUCAUCCUCCUCCUUCUUCUUUGAAGUAUCAAGUCAGAUUUAGAAAUCUUAAAAACUUCAUCUACAAAUAAAAAUCCAUUUCAGUUUAA